CGGAGGAAGCUCGGAAGCUGCACAGCCACCAGAGGCAGCUUGACAUUGGACUCCACAUUAUUAGCCGCGUCUUUGCUCCACGGUAGGAACUUGCACACCGGUUAUCAAACAGGACCGUGCCAGUGUUGUCGGAGGAGCACGUAGGCUCCUAUAGGUUGCAUCGCUGCACCUAUACCAGCCAUUGCAGUGAUGGUCCCACCUUGAAAUCGGGACGGAGCAAAAACGAGUCAGAAGAAAGGAUCAUUCUGAGAUCUUCAGUUUUCGAAAACUCCUCCGUGCCACAAGCUCAUGCCAUGGCCAGGAAAACAGUUUCUCGGACAAGUAGUUCCCUGUGACGGAUCCACAAUACAAAGUUGAGGUCUGCUUCUUCUUAGUAACCCGAAAGGACCAAGAUGAUGUUUUGGCUGCUGCUAGUUCUGUCCAUUUGGCUGGGUCCCGAUCAAGCUGACUCUGCUCAGUCCAAUGAACGGCGAGUUGUAGCACACAUGCCUGGUGACAUCAUCAUCGGAGCAUUGUUCUCUGUCCAUCACCAGCCUCCUGCUGAUAAGGUGCAUGAACGCAAGUGUGGUGCGGUGCGAGAGCAGUAUGGCAUCCAGAGGGUGGAGGCCAUGAUGCAUACACUGGACCGCAUUAAUGCUGACCCGUACAUCCUUCCCAACAUCAGCCUGGGCUGUGAGAUCAGGGACUCCUGCUGGCACUCGGCUGUGGCUCUGGAGCAGAGCAUCGAGUUCAUACGGGACUCGCUGGUCUCCUCUGAUGAGGCCGAGGAGUGGGGCGGCGGAACUUCUUGGGGAGGCGGAGGAGGGACCCUGAAGUGCUCAGACCCCUCUGCCACUCCAAUGCGGGGGAAGAAACCUAUUGUGGGUUUAAUUGGACCUGGGUCAAGCUCAGUGGCCAUCCAGGUCCAGAACCUGCUACAGCUAUUCAACAUACCACAGAUUGCCUACUCUGCUACCAGUAUGGACCUCAGCGAUAAGAGCCUUUACAAAUACUUUAUGCGGGUGGUGCCUUCAGAUGCCCAGCAGGCAAGAGCUAUGGUGGACAUUGUCAAGAGAUACAACUGGAGCUAUGUGUCUGCAAUACACACAGAAGGGAACUAUGGUGAAAGUGGGAUGGGGGCGUUCAAGGACAUGGCAGCCAAGGAGGGCAUCUGUAUCGCCCACUCUGGGAAAAUCUGGAGCAAUGCCGGAGAGCAGAGCUUUGAUCGGCUGCUGGAGAGACUGAGGGCCCAUCUGCCUAAGGCUAGAGUAGUGGCAUGUUUCUGUGAAGGCAUGACUGUCCGAAAUAUCCUCAUGGCUAUGAGACGCCAGGGACUGGUUGGAGAGUUUCUUCUCAUCGGCAGUGAUCUCUGCUGUUUCACUAAAUCAUCAUGCCCUGCAUCAUAUUUGUUGUCAUCACCACCUUGAUGCUCAUUACCAUCUUACUCAUCAUCAUCAUUAUCCUCCUCAUCAACAUCAUCAUCAUCGUCGCUGUCUGUAUGAGGUAAAGUCUACUGUACUGAGUCUGCAAUUAGAGAUUGAAGUGAGAGAGAGAGAACGAUCAUGAAGCAGGCAGACAUUUUCUGUCCUCGCAGAAUUAAAGGACUUAAUCAGUCGUAACUUUGAUGCACUGUCAGGGGAGAAGUUCUUUGUUAGGUCUGACUAUGUAUGAUAUAAAGAGUUUAAUGGAUAAUUUCCACAGAACCUCCAGGGGAAAAAAAAAAAAAAUUAACAGUGACAAAAGGCCUCAUUCACAAACUGUGCAUGCAAAAGUUUAACAUACAAAUUUGUGAUUAAUCAAUGUUUCUUUGCCCGAAUUUGGUCACGCUCUGCUGGAUAUCAUGAUUAUCCACAAAUGAUAAAGUCAGGCUGUCUUAGAAAAUGGGAAACACGUGUAAGAAAAUGCCUAUAUUUAAACAGGAUUCACAAAAAAGGCCUGAAUUAAACCACUGUGUUACUAGUGCAUUAAAUAACAAUGAAAAU